GGGAGGAAUAGAUGUGCGUGUGCGCGCAGGCGCGCGUUCUCCCCUUUCAGUCCCCAACCUCUUCCUCUUCCGUGAAAAGGGACGAGUGCGCGCACGCUUCUCUCUCGCCCUGCCUAACGUAGAGAAAGACGUCGAGAGCCCCCGCCUUCUCUUUCCCUCCCCUCGGCGUGUGUCAUUGCAGAAAAGCGAUAAUGGCGCAGAUGCAAGGCUUUGGGAGAAGGUAUAUUAAAGCUUUUUUGAAAGGAUUCUUCGUUGCUGUUCCUGUGACAGUAACUUUUCUCGACAGAGUGGCUUGCAUAGCAAGAGUCGAAGGUGUUUCAAUGCAGCCUUCUUUGAAUCCUGGAGGAAAACAGGUAUCUGAUGUUGUCCUUUUAAACCACUGGAUCAUUAGAAAUUAUGAAGUACAACGUGGAGACAUAGUUUCACUGGUGUCUCCAAGAAACCCAGAGCAGAAGAUCAUUAAACGAGUGAUUGCUCUUGAAGGAGACAUUAUCAAAACCAUCGGCUACAAAACGAAGUAUGUAAAAGUGCCAAAUGGACAUAUAUGGGUUGAAGGGGAUCAUCAUGGACACAGCUUUGACAGCAAUGCUUUUGGCCCAGUCUCUCUUGGACUCUUGCAUGCUCGUGCUACUCAUAUCCUCUGGCCUCCAGAACGCUGGCAGAAAUUGCCACCUGAGCUCCCUCCAGAACGCCAGCCUCUUCAGAAGGAGUCAGAAUGACCUAUAAACAUGGUGGGAAAUGGAUGAUCAGUAAAUAAUCAGCUAAUAAAAAGAUCUGUUAAAAUGUACAAAUUUGCAGCAAGCGUUGUAUUACUUAUAACCACAAACAGAGAUUUUUCUUAAUCAUAUUAAACAGAGUGUGACUUGCACUGAAGCAACUGUGUCUUGAUUUGAAUUAUCUUUCCAAGCACUGUAAAUUGUUUGAAAUCCUGCACUGGUACCUUUAUAGAUGUAGAAUAAGGGCCAAUUUUUUUCAGGACACUCAAUUUUCAGCAACAUGACAUAUCUUAAAAUUAAUAUUGAGUUGUGAAAAUUGAAAGUCAGCUCUAUAUGUUCAUCAUUAUUGCUGAGAUGGAAUAUGUGUGGUAAUGUUUUGAACUGCAGAAUAAUUGUUUUUAUUGAGUGAAUGUUAUUUCUUCCACAGGACAUGUUUCUGUAAAAUCAUUCAUAAAAGAAAAUGAAACAAAA